GGAUUGGGUCGGGUCAACCCAACCCACAAACAGAAUCCAAGUGAGAAAAUAGGCAAAGAAAAGAUUAAAACAUGCAGACAAAACCAGAAAAAACUAGAGUUCAUCACUGGGUUAGGAGGCCUCCACCCCCGCUGCAUGAUUCCCCGAGGGCAGAUAAGAGCAAGCACUGUGACUACCACCGUGUAUAUGGUCACAAUACAGAGGACUGCCAACAUUGGAAGGAUGAGUUAGAGUUUUUGGCUCGUAACGGGAAGCUAAAAGGGUAUGUUCAGAAGCCUCACACCCAGCAACCCACUCAAACCCAUUUUGUGCAGGCGUACGACCGACCUCAAGGACAGAGGUACCAACAUGGUGGGACACAGGAUGCAUAUCAGGAUAACCAGUAUCCUACUGAACAGAGCAGAGUGUACCGAGGACGUCCUUUCAACAAGAGAGGGCAGGGACCGAGAACUACCGCCCCGAAUCAAAAAGACAGGAAAGGGGUAGGUUAUGCUGGGAUACCCCCACAUUCUGGUACAAUAAACAUGAUAUCGGGUGGUGUUCAUUCAGGGGGCCAAAGUGCUCGAGCUCGCAAGGCAUAUGCUCGACAGGUGAUGACCGUUAACAAAGACAGACCCUUGAAACGGCCGUUUGAGGAAGCAGAAUGGGAAAAUACGCCCAUUACAUUCAGCCCGGCAGAUUACAAUUCACCAGAUAUCCUAUACUGGGGUUGCUUCCAGAAGAUGCAGCUAAAUCCGAGCUCGCUUCAGAAGCAUGAAGGGCCAAUAUACGGGUUUGAUAACCAGCCCGUCCCAGUUGAAGGAGUCAUUACCCUUCCUAUAUAUGUGGGCUCAGAACCGCGCUUCAGGAUGGCUUCCGUCACCUUCCUGGUUGUUAAGAUGGAAUCAGCUUUCAAUGCUAUACUGGGAAGAGCCACACUGUGCGAGCUGAAGGCUGUUAUCUCACAACCCCACCUCUGUAUGAAGUUCCCAACUCCUCAGGGGGUAGGGGUGCUGAAAGGAAAUCAGAAGAUGGCUAGAGCCUGCUAUCAAGACACGUUCAAGAAAGUCGAGGUCGCUGCAGCCCCGACGAGUGUUGAGGGUUGGAAGCCAACCCAGCUUGGUCAACAGACAAUGAGCAUAUCAGACAUUGAGCAUCGACCUGAGAGCGUCGAGCAGAAGGCAGAGCCAGUAGAGCCAGUGGAAACGGUGCCUUUAAACCCGGAUGUGCCGGAGAGAACAUGGAGGAUGUGUAUUGACUUCACCAACCUCAAUGAUGCGUGUCCAAAAGACCCUCAUCCCUUGCCAAACGUCGAGAAGUUAGUGGAGCGGGCAGCGGGGCAUGAACGGAUGAGCUUUCUUAACGCCAGCUCGGGCUAUCACCAGGUUCAGUUGCUGUUGGACGACCAGGAGAAAACAGCUUUUUACGCUGGUGAUGCAAUCUACUGCUAUGUCAUGAUGCCGUUUGGCCUCAAAAAUGCUGGAGCAACAUACCAGAAGCUGGUGCAAAUCAUCUUUAAGCUCCAGAUCGGCAGAAACAUAGAAGUAUAUGUGGAUGACAUGAUAGUCACCAGCGUGCGAGCUAAGGAUCACAUUGAUGACCUGGAUGAAACAUUUCAAAACUUGCGUCGAGCUCAAAUGAAACUGAAUCCCUUGAAAUGCACGUUCGCUGUGGAAUCAGGGAAAUUCCUAGGGUACGUGGUAUCCAAGAAAGGAAUUGAAGUAAACCCAGAGAAGGUUGAGGCCGUUCAGCAGAUGGAACCGCCAAGGACUGUCAAAGACGUGCAGCGUUUGACAGGCCGUGUUGCUGCGCUGCACAGGUUUAUAGCCAGGUCGGCAGAAAGAUGCCUCCCGUUCUUCAAGGCCCUGCGAGAGCCCAAGAAUUUUCAAUGGACCGACACGUGGGUUACAGCAGAAGCGAUUAGCUCGGUCCUACUCAGGGAAGAGAAUAAGAACCAGAAGUCUAUCUGUUAUGUAAGCAAAGUCUUACAGGGCGCCGAGCAGAACUACCCACUAGCGGAAAAGGCUGCUUUUGCCCUGGUUUACACAGCUCGUAAGUUGAGAGCCUACUUCCAAUCACACCAGAUUGUUGUUUAUACUGAUUUCCCGCUGAGGAAAAUACUGCAGAAGCCAGAGCUCUCUGGUCGGCUCAUCGGAUGGAGUGUCGAACUGAGUGAAUAUGACCUUAAGUUUCAGCCACGCACAACUAUAAAAGGCCAAGCUAUGGCAGACUUCCUAGUUGAAUGUGCCCCGGCGGCUGUGAAAGAAAAGGCACCUGAACACCCACUUUGGGUUUUGUAUGUGGAUGGAGCUGCUAAUGUCGAAGGAUCUGCUGGCACCUCCAAUCUUGCACACAACAGCAUAAAGCCCAUGAUGAACCUUAUGCUGUUGGGCGUUAGCUGCGUCAGCGCCAACUCGUACUCCGCGAGCAAAUUGAAUACCAGGCCGGGCAGGGGAAACCGCAGGCCGGCGUCGAAGUGGUCCACGUACACUGGUAUCCAGCCCGUCGGCGACACUGUGCACGCCCUUUCGUUCUGCCCGCCCGUCCGCAGUAGUAUGGUUUUGGGAAUGUGGUCCUUCGGUGCUUUUCGCAUGUUGCUCAACCUGCCCGGUACGGUUCUGCUCUCCCAUUCUCCCAUCACAGGCCGAUCUGAGACAUGGCUCACUACAUCCCCUGCCUCCUCCUCGCGGCCUGGUGUCCCCUCGGACGAGCUGCUCGAUGAUGUACUAGGGUGGUCGCCACCGUUGUCACUGGCGCUGGAACUGGUGCUGCUCUCUGACGCCAUUGUUUCCGGCAUAUCCUGCAACUCCGGCGGCACUAUCAUCGUGAUAGGCUCCACUGACAAAACCCCCCCCUCUUCUUCCUCUCUGCCCUGGCGUUUAACCGCCUUUUGCAUAACGUGCGCCGCCUCUGGCUAUCACGCUCCUCAAACGCUGCGCCAGCAUUUAUGGCGAGGAAGAUCGGCAAAGAUCGUCACUCCUGAUGUAUACCCUAUACUGUCACAUCAGCUCGCCACUGGAGCACACUUAUCAGGUCGUCACAAAGAUGACAUUUUGCCAGAUUGGCUCAACUGUGCCAGUUCGUUCACAAGUGUAGAUUUUUUACUAAAAUCCUCCAGGAUUCAGCUCGUUACAUGUCAUGACGACAACCACAUUUGUCAGGUCGUCACUCUUUGGCUUCCUGGUUCAGGUCGCCACUCAUCAGUUUCCUGGUUCCAGGUCGUCACUCCUGAGCUUCCUGCUCUCAGGUCGUCACUCUUGAGCUUCCGGGUUUCAGGUCGUCACCUCAGUCUCCUGGCUCUAGGUCAUAACGCCUCGGCUCCGGCCGCUAUGACUUCGGUCAUCACUAUUUACCUCGGCUCUGACCAUAGUGACCCCAACUAUGGCCCAAAACACGUGCAUCGAGCUCACCUGGUUUUAACACCAGCUCCCCCACGCCUGCUCGAUAGGAAGCCGGCAUACACAUGCACAACAGACUUGGCCGCGAUGGCUUUAGGCCGCCUAGAUCGGUCGUGCGUGAAGGCGGACAUGAACAUAAAACAUCACUCCCAACCCAGUUCGUCAACCGAACACCGAGGGGGGAGUAAUGUUGGGAUUAGGCCCAACGCCCUCUUAGGGCCACAUGCAGCAGGCCCAACUACGCACCCACAGGCCCAAGAGGAGGAGACAUACCCACGUGAGCAGCACCACAUGGGCCAAUGAGAGGCUUACAUGUGCAGAUACAUGUCAGCACUUGGGGCUAUAAAUACCCCCCAACCACCUCCGAAGAAGGUAAUUAAUCCUUACGCUUCUCUCUCUGUAAUUACUCCUUGAGAGCAUGUCUCCCUAGAAUACUGAGUAUUGCUGACUUGAGCGUCAGAGUGUUUUCCCCGAAGAAACAACCUCGGGAUUU